AUGAUGGAGGGCAUCACGCAGAAGAUGGACAACAAGUCGGACAAGUCGCAGACGUUUUCGUCGAGCGAUGCUGAGAAGGGAGGCUCGCCCCCCCAGGAAGCACAGUUGCAGCGAAAGCUGUCAAGUCGUCACCUGCAGUUCGUUGCCAUUGGUGGCACGGUUGGUACAGGUAUCUUCAUCGCCUCGGGAAAGAGUAUUGCGACUGCGGGACCCGCCGGAGCCCUUCUCGCCUAUGUUUUCAUCGGAACCCUCGUGUACGCCGUCAUGCAAGCGCUUGCUGAAAUGUCGACCUACCUCCCAAUCUCUGGCGCCUUCACGCAGUACGCAUCUCGCUUUGUGGACCCUAGUCUCGGAUUCGCGAUGGGCUGGAUAUACUGGUUCAGUUGGAGCAUCACCUACGCUCUGGAGCUCAGCGCUGCCGGCUUGAUCAUCCAAUGGUGGAAUGCCGACCUGAACAUCGCCAUCUUCAUUUCCAUCUUCUGGGUCCCCAUCACUUUGGUGAACUUCUUGCCCGUCGACGUAUUUGGCGAGUUUGAGUUCUGGUUCGCUUCGCUGAAGGUCUUGGCUUUGGUCGGUUUCAUGAUUUUCUCCAUCUGCAUCAAUGCUGGUGCAGGUGACCAAGGCUACCUGGGUUUUAAAUACUGGAGGGAGCCGGGCGCGUUCGCUCCGUACUUGACCGAGGGACCGAAAGCGAAGUUUGUCAGCUUCUGGGCCGUCAUGGUAGCGGCUGCCUUCUCGUUCCAGGGAUCUGAGUUGGUUGCUGUGGGCGCUGGUGAAAGCCAGAACCCCAGGGUAACGAUGCCGAAGGCCAUCCGAAGGACUUUCUGGAGCAUCUUCUUGCUCUUUGUCUUCACAAUCUUCUUCAUCGGCAUCGUCGUUCCCUAUGACAACGAGUCACUUCUCAUCGGAGAGACCAACGCCAGCUCUUCACCGUUGGUCAUCGCUGCGCAGCUCGCGGGCGUGUCAGUUCUCCCUCACAUCAUCAACGCGGUCCUCCUGACGGCCGUACUUUCCGCUGCGAGCUCGAAUGUCUACUCUGGAAGUCGUAUCCUUGUCGGUCUCUCCGAGCAGCAGUGCGCGCCCAAGUUCCUCCAGCUCACCUCCAAGCGCGGUGUUCCUUACGUCGCAGUCGCCGUUACGGCUGCUGUAGGCGCGUUGGGCUACUUGAACUGCUCCAGCAGUGGUACCGAGGCGUUCAACUGGCUGUUGAACAUCACCAGCGUGGCUGGACUGAUAGCGUGGUGCUGCAUUUUCAUUUGCUACCUCGCGUUCAGCAAGGCUCUCCGAGCGCACAACAUUGACCGUGACAACCUUCCAUAUCGGGCAUGGGGAGGCGACUGGUUCGCUACCUACGGACUCGUGUUCUGCGUCAUCAUCACUCUCACCCAGGGCUUUACCGCGUUCGUGCCGUGGAGCGUUGAAGAGUUCUUUAUCGCAUAUGUUAGUUUGAUUCUUUUCGCGGUUAUGUACAUUGGCCACAAAAUCUUCACCCGGUCCAAGUUCAUCACCUCUUCGGAGGCAGACAUUCUCACUGGCAAGUUCGAGAAUGACAAAGGUGAGACGGCCGAACAUUGGGAAGAGAGCUCCAGGAGCAUGUGGACCAAGGGGUUCAAUGCCAUCUUCCGGAGGUAA